UGUCUGUCCCUGCAGGACCUCCUGUCCAAGCUGGGCCGGCCCUUCAGGGAGUACGAGCUCUGGGCUCUGUGCCUCGCCUGCCUCAGUGCGCUGCAGAAGCAUACAGAGCACCCAGCCUGCCUGUGCCUGGACAACGUGCUGGUGGCCGAGGAUGGAACUGUGCUCUUUGGGCCUCCCCCUGCCAACGGCGCCUACAACUCAUUCUUUCUGGCUCCCGAGGUGGCAGAGGAAAAGCUCGUGACAGAAAAGGUAAGUGGCCCUGUCUUUUCCUUCGGUCUCUAUGUCCCAACCUCACUGGUGUCCACAUCCUCUUCUGUCCAUUGGGCCCCAGGAGUGAUGGGUCCCAAAAUACAGCCCCCACGUCGAGUCUAGGUUUUGCCAGGCAGGUGGGCAUGGACAGCUCCUCUUCCAAGGGCGGCAGGUGUGGGUGGCAGCCCCCAAAUAAGGGCUGAAGAAAGCCUGGCAGUAUAUGGUAAUGAGCACAGAAGGAAAUGUAGUAGUAAACAGAUCCUUAUUAUUUUUAU